UUCAACUAUUCACUUCUCAUUCAAAUCAACUCUCUCUCUCUCCAUUUCUGCUUCUCUCUCUAACCAGUUGAGGUGAGUUGAGGUGAGUUGAGAUGCAGAGCGGAACUGAAGUCUCUGUGGGGACGAAAAUGGAGGAGCUAAGGUUAGUAUGCGACAGAGAGAUUACGAUUCAGCAGCACAGAAUUGACGCCGCCAUUUCCUUUUUCCGGAAAUCGCUUCAAUCUACGAAAGCCAAGGCACAGGAAACUGUUCAAAUUCAAGCAAAACUAGGAAAGCUAAAAGCUGAGCUGAGAGAGGCAGAGGAUCAUUUGGUGAAAGCUCUAGCAGCGAAGACUCGUAAAGAGGCAAAGCGGAUGGCCAUGACAGAGUCCAUAUCUGCUACAAGAGCUAGAAUAGAAGAGCUUAAAAGAAUUGUGGAAGAUCAAAACGCUAGGAAGGAUGAGUACACAGAGAUAAUAUCUCAGCAAUUUGAAGCUCUGUCAGCAUGUGAAGAAAAGUGUGAACAAAAUAAUGAAGAUGCAGGAGAAAUAGAGGAGGCCAUUUCAUGGUACAAUAGGGUCCUUGGCUUCCGAAUAGAAUGUGGACAUGGAAUAAAAUUCAUAUUCACUAACAUCAAUUUGAAGAAUUCAAAUGAGGAGUACUCCUUCAGCAUUCGCCAUGAGAACGAUUUUUACACUUUGCUCGAGUGUGAUCCGGAUUUGAAUGACACUAAAGAGUUGAUCCAUGAGUUGAAUAGAAGCAAUGGUUUAUUCAAAUUUGUCAGAACUAUGAGAGAAAAGUUUCAAGAAGCUGCAGCACAUGGAAGUUUUCCUCAAGUUACGUCUUGUGAUCAAGAGUAUUCUGUAAUCUCUGUUUCUGCUCCAGUUUCUUCAGUUUCAACUGACAGUAGAAGUGAAUCUUUGUCAAAGCAAAAAGAACUUCAAGCUGAAGAAACCAACAGACAAUACAAGAAAGUUAACCGUGGUCGAGGGGUUAAACCGGCAAUUUUGUCUCUUGGAUCUGCUUCAUCUCUUUGUCGAUCUCCACGUUUUAAGUUUGUUGUUUUUUUGAUCAGAUUACACACCUACAAUGCCUUGCUCUGCAGCUCAAUUGCAGCCCUUUGAGUAAAAGUUGCCAUGGACACAAAAGGCUAAGAAGUGAAGAUGAAACAGAAACCACUUCCUCUUCCAAUCUAAUGGACUGCAUGUGUGAACCUCCUCACAUUUUAUUGUUGAAAUGUUAGGCAAAGAAAAAAACUCAUUUGCUGAUUUAUAUUACUGAGGCGUCUUAACAGAGAUUGGGAAAUCUAAAGAAAUCAAGUGAUGCAAUUCACCUGACACAACAUCCUCACUCGGUUUGCUAGCUAUGACUUACCAUGCUCUUCUCACAUUUUAGUUCAACUUGGAAUGGAUAACACCAGUGAUAAUCCCAUGCCUCGUAUAAUUUAAUGCUAGUGUUGUCUUGUAUUUUUCUGAUCAUGAUUGUAAAUUAUGCUAUAAAGUUUAUUUUAAUCCAUAGCCCGGAAUGAAGAAUGUAUUGUAGAUCAUGUUUCAGUUGAUGAAGUUCUCUUAUGCUGCAUUUAGUUGAACACUGAUGGAUAAUUGCAUUACGUCAGCAUUAAAUA